UGGUUGUUCUCUCUAAAUAUCAGUCUCUGUGAAUCAGGUGUCUCUCAUCUGGCUUUUUGGCAUAACUGUGUUUCGUGUGUACUGUUUCCUCUGAAAAGUUUAUCGUCUCCAUUCAGUCAGCCACCAGAUUCUGGGCCCAAAUAUCUGACAGCACAUCUGAGGGAAGAGAAAUGUGUGGUGAUGCUAGUUCUUAGAAAGCUUAAAGAGUUUUGAGAUUGGCUGAUUUCUCAGGAGCAAUGAUUGCUCCCAACACUCCAACACCGGAAAGUGAUUCUUAUGAAGAGUCCUCUGAAAGUGUAGUUAUCUGGCUUCUCCUGAAUCUGCUGCUUUGCUAAUGCUCCCGUUCAUGCAGUUUGCCCUUUCUCUGGCUUUACAGGAAAAGGUGUCCACAGGAUGGAGUUAGAGCACCUGAAGAAGCUGCGGCAGGCCAACCAGGACCUUCUAGAAAGGCUCAGAAUAAAGCAGGAAGAGAUCAGAAAAAGACUUCCCAGCAAGCCGCUCUUUCCAGCAUCUCUUCAUAAAAAAAUAGCUGCUGAAAUAUCUGUCCCUGUGCCCAAGCGAGGGAAGGAAAAUCAAAUUGGUGCUGUGAAGGCUGCAGCUGAUCCUGCAAUCCUGGUUUCUGUGGAACCCAGAGCUCAUGCAGCCAGGGCAGCCCUGUGCUCAUCACUCAGACAUGUGAUGCUCAGCAGGCAUUGCAGAGAGGGAAAACAACAGCAAGCAAAGAUGCAGAAAGUAGUAGGUUUAGAUUCCAGCUUCCCUGGGAAGGAGCAAAGUGUUUUGCCAAUGUCUGCAAUCAUUACACGUGGCAGAGAAAUAUCCAGAGCGGAUAGGGAUGACCAUGCCUCAGAAAGUCCAGAGAAAGAAUCCUCCUUCCUGGGACACAGAGAGAACAGAAAACAGUCUGUCCUCCUACACAGUCUCCAAGAGACAGACCAGUUUACAGCUCAUCUGGACCCAUCACUGAGCAAAAUACAAAAUGAAGAGACCAGCAAGCAGCUUGUACUCAUUAAAGAGCCCGUAACCCCUAAAUCAAUCCUGCUGAUAUCUCAGUCCAAAGAGUUGAAGAAGGAAGCUGGUCACGUGACUUUUCAAUCUCAGCCUGAAGAAUACACCAUCCCUGCGAAUAGCUGGUCUGCACUUCCUUUCCUGGGCUAUGACUGGAUUGCAGGACUCCUAGAUACAAACUCUUCAGUAGCAGAAAAAUCUGACCAAUACUUUGCUGAGCUGAAGGCAUUUCGACAGGCCAACAAAGAAGCGUGUGUCCAUGAGCACCACCUGGAGCCCAAGGCUCUGGAUUAUGUAUUUUCUGAGCAGGAACCAGAUUUGAUAACCAGUUCCCAUAAGUGUAUUUACUGCUAUCGACUAAACCAGCGCCUCUUCACUGUCCCUGUGGAUUCAGAAUCUGCCUGCCCUGUGUGUAAGAUCCCACGAACUCACUGGCCCCCAGAGACUCGGGAAGAGCCAGCCUACAUCAGGGUCAGCAUUCCCAGGUCUACUCUUAUGCCUGCCUACAAAUACCAUGCCCAUCACAGGAAAAGCUUUGAACCUGCCGACAGUCUAGCUUUACCCUCGCAUUGCUUGAUUGGCUGGGAAAAUGCCAUCCCUUCCAGCAACCCCACACUCAGCUGUUUGGAUCUGCGGACUUCGCUGGAAGACAAGACUUCUCACCAUCCUCGCCUGAACUUGGUGUCUAGAGCGUCAGGAGGAACCAGAACUGACCAGCUCCUAAACCUGACCCACUUGUCACACUUGAGAUUUAGCAGUGCUUCUCAGCAGAGGGAGCAAACCAAACCUGGACACUACAGAGCAGCUCCAAAUUUAGAUACUACUGCCUCAACUGUGUGAACCGCUGGCUUGAUUGCUCCAGGGAAAAGAUGGGGGAAGGGAGUGGAAAAGACUGAUUAAAAAUAUAUCUUUGAAGAGAUUUUCCUUAUUUUCUUAGUCAUACACAUCCGCAAACACCCAAAUACACAUACCUGAAUUUACAAACCUGCCUGUGUGUUUUUACCUUUUCUUUGUGCAUUUUGCAGCCGCUUUAAGGAGAUGCGUGAGCUCUGCUGCCUCGGGCUGGGUAAAGGGAUGUGGACAAGAUGAUAAGUACUGUUACCGCUAGGACAGCCACAGCAAAAGAUGUGUACAGAGUUCAUCUGCCACCUCAGUGAAGUAAACCAGAAACGUAAUGCUAAUUCUGAAAGUCAGGGUAAGGAAUUGGCAUAUGAAUGGCCUGGCACAAUGUGUUACGUACAGCUGUGCUCAUUUCUAAAUGUGAGCAAUCUGGAACGUGAUUAUUUAGUUCAUUAACCUUGAGUUAUUCAAUAAUUUAGUUUAAAACAAAAAUCCAAAAAAAUUUUCAGUCCAAUGUCUGUAGCUACAGGGGUACAUUACAUCACAGUCAUUAUGGACCUGAAAAAACUCGUUAAAAUAGAAUGAGAUUGCAUUAAUCAAAAAAAUUAGAUAAUGCCUUAAAACGUCUACAAGUUACGUUUGCCUCUGCUUUUCCAAGUUUUUUGGAGGCAAGCCCUUGGAAUUGUUAAUACACUUUGUUUUAGUAUAGUUUGUGGUGUGAUUUGUUUGAACUUACUUUGUAGAUUUGUAUGAUCUUACUUUCCUUGUCCAAAAGCAAUAAAAUGAACUUUGUAUGUCCAAUAUGCCAUUUGUACAUCAUAUGUAUGGACUGACCUUUUUAAGCAAGGAAAGGAAAGUUGCAAGAUUAUGAAACUUUAACGUGAGACUGUUACAAGAAUGGAAGGUGAAAAGCAUGCCUAAUCAGUUUUGUAUUGUGUAGACAGUGGAAAGUGAAUCGAAUUUGUCACAUUAUUUCCAUUAUUGAAAAUGCUUAUUUAAAAGCACUCAGCAAAUAUAAAAUGUUAAUUGCAAAAUGUUAUACCAAAACAGGGCAUUUUCAACAUCUUUACCACCUUGACUUCAUACCAAAACAUUAGAAGUUAUAAACGUCUUAAUUUCUCCUGAAAUAAAGUAAAUACAGCACGCCUGCUCUCCUUACAGUACUUCAUUUUUUCCGUUUGUAAGGUUAACUUACGUGAGGUCUCUCUGGGGCAUGCAGGGCAGAACCAAUGCUAAACU